AUGGGGGGAAGUAGAAAUGGCAGUUCACAAGUUAAUAAGGGGGGAGGUGGGGGCUCGAGUAGAAGCUCCAAGGGGGGGGGUAGCAAGUCGAAGGAGGGAACAGACAAGUGCACCUUGGUGAGAGUGCCCACUGUCGAGGAGGAUACUACAGCAAGGAAUGAUGAGGUCGCGGCUGGCGUGGCUGGUUCAGGGAAGGUAACUGGAAGCGGUCCUGUAACAGGUGCCGUGGUGCCUACUACCACUGCUCCUUCAAACAACAUGGAGGGUACUCCCCCAGCGGAUACCCCCCCGAUGAAUAACUGUCCGACGGAUACCCCGCCGAUUGGUGCUACAACUGGGGGUAGCAAAGCGGCCAAGGGGGGAAACAAGACAAACGCAAAGGGGUCGAGCAGCUCCAGGAAUAGGGAGAAGGGUUCAGCUAACGUGACGAACAACUCUGCUAAUUCCGGUGGUAGUAAAGCAGUGAAAGGGGGUAACAGCAAAGCGCGGAACACGGGGAAAUCUCUAAGUUCGUUAUCCAAGUUUAAUGAUUCCUACGCGUUGAUAUUUCCAAACGCAUUGCCUGUGAAGCAAGUGAUGUGGGGUCUGGAUCCCCUAAAUAAGGUUUGGAGAUACUGUUCCAUAGUGUAUGCGAGACCAAAAAAUAGAAACUUCAAUGAACUAAACUUUAUUUUCCCCUUAAAUUUAAGUAAAAAUGAAAUCAUGAGUAAGUUAUCCACGGAGAUGAACACAAGUGGAACGGAAAUGAAUGAAUGGGAUUAUGAUUACUAUGUCCACUGGGAAAAAUUCGAUAGGCGUCUAGACUGUUGGCUAGCAUAUAAGAAUCUACGUGUUCUGGAAGAAGAACCAGAUGAUGGAUUACCAUGCAUAAGACAAAUAGAUAAUGAAGAGUCAGACCAUGAUGAUCAUCAUGCAGGAAUUGAUAAAGAGUAUUUAAGAGAGCAUGAAGAAAAUACCAAACUAAAAACAAUUAAUCAAAUAAAAUUUGGAAAAUAUUUAAUUGACACUUGGUACUUUUCUCCCUACCCGAAGGAAUACCAAAAUAUAGAGAUACUAUAUAUUUGUGAAUUCUGUUUAUCUUUUUUUAAAGAAAAUGAAGAACUACUUAGACAUACAGAAAAAUGUGAAAUAAGACAUCCCCCUGGAAAUGAAAUAUAUCGAUGUGAAAAUAUAUCCAUCUUCGAAAUUGAUGGAAGUUAUUUUAGAAUUUAUUGUGAGAACUUAUGUUUUCUAUCCAAGCUAUUCUUAGAUCAUAAGACUUUAAAACAUCGAGUGAAUUUAUUCCUUUUUUAUGUUAUUACGGAAUUUGAUAAAUAUGGCUACCAUAUUACGGGAUAUUUUUCUAAAGAGAAAUAUUCGAAGAAUAAUGUGUCUUGCAUUUUGACGCUUCCACAACAUCAAAAGAAAGGUUAUGGGAAAUUUUUAAUAAACUUUAGCUACUUCUUAUCCCAAACGGAAAAACGCACUGGUACUCCUGAGAGACCUCUAUCUGACUUGGGGGUUGCGUCUUACAUGGCUUACUGGUAUGAGACACUCCUCAAGGUGUUGGUAAAUUACGAGCAGUUAUCCAUUCAGGAGUUGUCUGAAAUUACUAGUAUUGAAACCAAUGAUAUUAUUUCUUGCCUUGAGGAGAAGGACAUUUUUAAGACCGUGGCCAAUGGGGGGGAAUCUGUGUACUACAUAAAACCUCAGCAGUUGGAGUUUGUUCUCUCCAAGGUUGGCAAAAAGAACUACGACUUGUGCAGGAGUAAGUUACAUUGGGUCUCCUAUGAUUAUUACUUAGCCAUGUACGAGUAA